AUGACAGUUCUUAUUCAAACUUCAAGUGCUGCUAUGUCAUCAAACUGGGAUAAUCGUUCCUAUGACAACAACUCCGAUAACUCUUCUUCAAAUAAUUACUCAAAGUUGGAGUUAUCCCAAUAUAUUGAUAAUCUUACUAACAAUCGUUGUGGUUCAAACCUAGAAGCUAUACAAUCUAGAAGUGCAUUCAAUAAUAAUAUUGUCUUAACGAACAGCUCCGACGCUUCGAGCGUCACAAAUUCAUGGAGCGCCAGGUUUAAAAAUAUGUUCGAAAAAAAUAUUAACGUGGACGAUAGCUAUGAUAGCUUUGAUAGUUCGCUAUAUACGAAUAAAUCUUCCGUAACAAAGCCAUCUCCAUGGUUCACUAGACUAUUUGAUAAGAGAACUGGAAAGGAACAGUUUCAGAAGUCUACUCACCAAACAGAAUCUUUCCACGCCACUGUACUUCCUGAGUCAAUUUGUAACAGAAAAUACGAAGAAACUCCUAAAUCUAAAAUUGUUGAAGUAGAAUACACAAGAUAUAGCCAGGGUAAAGUCGAGAAAACAGCAAGCACAGUAAAUGGUUCGUUGAGAAAUACUAGAUCCAAAAACUGGUUCAAAACUGUCUUUAAAGGUAAGAGCGAGGCAUCUGAAGUGUUGGAAUAUCCAGGCCUAGUGCAACCCGAGCCUGAAGUUUUAGAAAACACAUACAGUGACGAUUCAAUAUAUGAAUCUGAAAAAUUAGAAUAUCUUCCUAUAAAAAUUGACAUUGUUGACGUUGGCUCUUUAUCCGUCAGUGAUUGUCUAACACCUAUAAACGACGGAAAUCACAACAUUCCGUCACCUCCUUGGGACUAUAGACAUGAGUAUAAAAAGCUUGAUGAUAAUUAUAGGAAAAAUAGUGGUGAGAAUUAUCACUACAAUAAUGAGCAUGUGGAAACUAGUACUGUUUAUAGCAGUUACUAUUCGAGUAAUAAUGUUCAAGAAUUAGAAGCAGAACUUAGUGUAAGACAAGCAUCAAUUGAUACAUGUCUAUUCCAAGAGCAACCAAUACUAACUACAGCCAGCGAAACUCACUCGUACCCAGUUGUGUCUAAACAUAUUUCAGGGUUCUGUGACGACUCCGUAUAUGAGAGUCGAGUAAAAAAUGACAGCUCAGAAAGAAAAGCUGGAAGCCAUCGUGACUAUACAAACUGUAUAAAUCCAUAUACACCCAUAUUAAGAGCCAGAAUAAGAGAGGAAAAAAUCGCAUUACUUAAUAACAAGAGUAAAAUCAACGAUAAUGCAUUCACUGAACCAGAACACAAGAGAAUUUUUCAAAAAGAUACUUAUGAUGAAGAAUAUUGUGAACCUAAAGGAGCGUUUAGUAGACAUUCAUCUGGUAGUGAUAUCCUUGAGUCAGAGCAAACGAAGAAACAAACAACUACUUUAGUAGAUGUUACAAGAAAAACAGGUAUUGGAUCCAGUUCAACCUGUUAA